AUGAGUGACUUUAGUGAGAGGAAUUUGGAAUACAGAUUGGACGAUUCAGGGCAGCAAGUGCAACAACAAGAGCAAGAGCAUAUAUCGAAUGAAAAUAAGAUUCCAAGUGGUCCUAUAAUAGCAACAUUGUGUUGUUUAUCAGCUUUAGGUUUGAGAGGAAAGGUUGUAUCUACAUUUUCGUUCUUCCCUCCAAAAUUGAGUGGGCUAGUUUUAAGGAAUCAGGACGGAAGUGAAAUAGAGUUUAAGAAGGAGUAUAUACGAAAAAGGUUUGGACUGGAGACUAUUAUUUUAAGAUCGGCAACUAAUAUAGAAAAGAGGUUGGAAGAUUUGUUGGUGGGAGAGAGAAAGGCCGAUAUUUUCUGUACAUGGUUAGAGAGUGGUAGAUCGAAGAUUCCAAUUUCCUGCAUUAGUAUAUCUCCAAUUAACAAGGAAAAUGUUAUUAAUGAUGAGAUUCCAACAUUUAUAUUUAGCCAUGGAAACGCAACUGAUAUUGGAAGUAUGUUGCCUUGGUUUGUUAACUUAAGCUUGAAGUUGAAUGCCCACGUUUUGGCUUAUGAUUAUAGAUCAUACGGACUUUCCAAAGGAAAACCAACAGAGAGAGGAAUCUAUGCAGAUAUUAAGGCGGUGUAUGAAUAUGCAAAGGACGAGUUAAAGUUUCCAGCCAAUCGGAUUUUUCUAUUGGGACAAAGCAUUGGUUCAGCUCCAACAAUAUAUCUUGCAAAAAAGCUUGGGAAAAAACUAAAAAAGAAUUCGGGGAAAUACCAUGCUUCUUCUAGGUCAAAUAUUGAUAGUGAAAGAUCAAAUCUGCCUUUGGGAGGAAUCAUUAUUCAAUCUGGCAUAGCUUCGGGUCUUAAUGCUCUUUUAGCACCAGACUAUAGAAGAGAUAUUCCAUGCGAUGUUUUUCGAAACUAUAAGAACAUUCGCAAGGUGCCUUUUCCUAUCCUUAUUUUGCAUGGGACUAGUGACCAAGUUAUUCACAUUUCAAACUCUAAGAAAUUGUUUGAAAACGCAAAGGAUAAUAAGUUUCAUCCUCCAGUAACUACCUGGUGGAUUGAUGGGGCCAACCAUAACCUCCCAGGGCCAAGCCCCAAGAAGGAGUACUACCAAAAGAUUGGGGUUUUUAUUAACUCUGUGAUUUAA